UAGAGUUUUGCCACUAACCGUGUCUAUAUAUCCAUCAUUAUUAUACACAUUAUAAUUUCCUUCUGACAGGCUAAUAUAAACAUCCCGAUGGGAGCAUUUAGACCUGGUGCAGGACACCCUCAUAAAAGAAAAGAAGUAACACCUGAAGAAGUGGAGGAGAGUGUUCCUGCUACAGAGGAGGAGAAAGACAAGAAGCAUCUCCCAGGAGCUAGGAAACUUCCAGGUCCUGCUGUCAACUUAUCAGAGAUUCAGAACAUAAAGAGUGAGCUGAAAUAUGUCCCCAAAGCUGAGCAGUAGGUGGAAGAAGCAGGUGAGUAAGAGAGGUUCUUUUCAUGGCUCUUGGAAAAGCAGGGUGAUCUAGAAACAUUUUUAUGCCAAAAGAUGUC